UCAGGAGGAGCCGACAGUUGUGUUUUGUGACAAUGAGUCUGCUGUGAAGCUCGCCAAGAAUGCUUGUCUGCAUGGGCUGACAAAACACAUAAGGCCUAAGUGGCAUUGGGUGAGGAGACUCCUUGAUAAGGAGGUGCGGCUAGAGAUAGGUGAUGUGGGAUCUGUGGGAAAGGUUGUGAUGCACCCUCUCACACACUGGGUGAUUGAUUCAGGUUGCACCAGUCACAUGACCCCACGGGCAGAUUUGCUUGAUGAGGCAGCCGCUAUUUCUUGACAAUUGUGGAUGACCACACUCGGGCAGUGUGGGUUUACCCUUUGAAGAGCAAGGGGGAGGUGGCAGCGGCUUUCCUUAAGGAGUGGAUGCCUAGAGCCCAGAGGGAAUGCGGACACAAGCGCAGAGCAGAUGCUGGAGAUGCAGUUCAAGUGCUCCAAGAUGGGUGAGGUGAAGUACUACUUGGGGAUGCAUGUGGAGAGAGAUGUGGAGAAGGGUGUGCUGAGGUUGCACCAGAGGAAGUACUGUGAGGGGCUGGCUGAGAAGCCUAAGUGGCAUUGGGUGAGGAGACUCCUUGAUAAGGAGGUGCGGCUAGAGAUAGUGAAGACCCAUCAGCAAGCAGCAGAUAUUUUCACUAAGCGUCUGGCGGGGGCGGAUCAUUGGAAGGGCAUGAAGCUUGCUAGGAUGAGUGUGCAUUGAGUAUGCAUGCUUGAGAUGUUGGUAUGGUGGAUGAUGGUUGGCAGCCAGAGGGGGAGAUUGUUGUGUGAUGUCAUCAUAUGCUAUCA